CUGCUCUGAGUCCUUCUUCUCUAUUGUUCUUCUUCCUCACUCUCUCUCACUCUCUCUCUCUCUCUCUCACUGUCUCUCACACGCAGAGGUGCGCUUGUGUCCGGACGUGCUUCAACCCGCUGCUCGCUCCAGGCUCGUCUCUCGGUGCAGAUGCUGAAGAGUCUGAUCACCGACGUUUGAGGCUUUAGCUAUUUCUCCUCCGCGCUGCAAAAACACUACUCCGGCUCGCCACCGUAAACCACGGGACGAACGCGACAACACCGUUUAAGCUAGCGAGCCUCUCUCGCGGCUAACAGGGAGGACAGGGGAUGAUACCGGGCUCAUUUAAACUCGAAAUAAACUUGAGUUUGUUCAACGCGACAUGAAAACACGGAGGUUUUAUUAAACAGAGCGAUGAGUCGGACUUAAGCACAGCCAGGGGGUAAUUUGAAAGAGCUUCACUCACCUCUAGUGGAUGAUUUGAUGCACUGCAGCGAUGUGCGUGUUUUAUUCCAAGCUUUACGGUAAGGACCCUUCAAAGGAUGACGACGUGACAUUGACGUGACGAGGGCCAAUCGGCUUGCAGGGGGGGGCGGGGCUCGCAGCAGCACCGGAUAACGGAGCAGGAAGCUCCGCCUGUUUGUUCCCGUUACCGGAGAAUGUACACGGAUCAUUAUGUGACAUCUUAACGGAAACGUCAGUGACAUGUCUCUGGCUCAGAGGGUUUUACUGACCUGGGUCUUCACCCUGGUCUUCCUCAUCAUGCUCGUGCUCAAACUGGAUGGGAAGGUGCAGUGGAACUGGUUCCUCAUCUUCCUCCCUGUCUGGGUCUUCGAUGGCAUCCUCAUCCUCAUGCUCGCCAUCAAGAUGGCCGGCCGCUGCAAGCCUGGGUACGACCCCCGCAACGGCUCCCCGGACCUGCGGCUGCGCGCCUGGUACCUGACCGCCAUGCUGCUCAAGCUGGGCUUCUGCCUGACACUGUGCGCCAAGUUGGAGAAGCUGGCAGACGUGAAGCUCACGUUUGUGUGCAUUCCGCUGUGGACUAUGUUACUGGGAGCGCUGGUGGAGCUGGGGCUGAAUAUCUUUCCUGAGAGGAGAGAGGCCUGAGGAGAGGAGGAGGGGGUAAUUACACCAACGCGAGACUUCUGUACAAAAUGUGUUUGUAUGACCAUUACUUUGUGAAAGUGGAGACUUUCGCCUUGGCCCGAUUGUCUCCACAGAGGACUGAGACUCGAGAAAGAAUCCAAUCUUCACCAGAUACAUCGGAUCUUAUGAAUAAUAGACAGUAAAAAUAGAAGAAACUCCGUGAAGUGUUCAGUUAAGGUUGAAGCAGAGCUGGCCCUCUGCUGCCUUUGGACUGCAUGUGAAUCACAGUAUAUUCAUUUAAAGGAAACAAAACAAAUAGGCUGGCUCUCAGUUAAGAGCAAUACCUACCAGAUUUUGCACCGAAUCCAUCCUGUUCAAUAGGACGUAGUUAUACACACACAGAAUAAUCAGUUCCGUGGUUAUUUUCAUCAAGAUCCAAAAAUUAUUCGCUGAGUAUUUGGUUAAAAUCUUGCAACGUUUACCAUAACAUAAUUCCUCGAUUAGCCUUAAAACUUUGAUGGGUUCAUUCUAGGAUCCUGUCCCAUCCUUCCAUGUUUGGUGAAAGUCAAAUUUUUGCAUAAUGUUGUUGACAAACAAACGGCAGAGGUAAAAAUCCAACAACGCUCAAAAUGUUUUAUUUCUUUACGAAUAAUGCAAAAAAAAUGCCAAUGCAGGAAUCAAAUGAAUUUGUAUAUAACUACUGUGAAGCCAACACUGGAAAAAAACAAAUUUUUUUUUAUGCUAUUGAUUCUUUUUUUUACUGUACAUAAACUCGCGCUGCUGCUGAUGCUGGGGAGGGAAGUGAACAAACAGUAUUUGAUGAAUUUUGACUUAAUUGUUCUGUAUUUAAACAUUUGCUCCUGGUACCAGAUUGAGGAGUAUUAAUUUAGGUACUUGUGCUUCAGAUAUUGUUUGGCUGUAUUUACACACAGGCACUUUGUGUUUUUCAUUCCAGAGCUGCGGAGGGUGGUUGGCCAAAUAUUAUUUUACAAGUCAUAGAUUAACUUUUUAAGUGUUAACGGUUUUGUUAGUUUUGUUUGGCUUUUGAUCUACAGGCUGCCCUCUCUGUCUUGUACCAUUUGUAUUUGAUACCAUUUAAAUCAUUAUGGGUAUCAAGAAAAUCAUUAAGCUGGUCCAAGAUUUUUUAAUCUAUCACAAAUGACUUAUUGGUGAAGAAAUUAAGACAUGCUCUUACUGUAUAUUACAUUUGAAGUAUUGGUGUCAAUCUCCAACCAAGCUCAACAGAUUAUUUUCUACCAGCCGUUUUAAACUGUGUUGAGUUGAUCAUUGAUCCAACGUCACGGUACAUCCGACGCCGUGUACGACUGAGAGGUGUUUUCUUUUGUGCCAUGUGAUUGUUCCCGUGAGUAUUUCAAAAACAUUCUUCACAUUAUUUUGCACUAAGUUGACCAGAAAAUAAAUGUAUGUUUUGAUGUGGCAUGCAUGUUCUUUAUAGUAAAUGAUUUAUAUCAAA